ACACACACACACACACACACACACACACACACACACAUACAGAGGUAUAUGUGUGUUUACCUGGUAAAUCUAAAGGUGAGUGAAUGUCCACAAGAGGCUCCUGCGGACUCUUAAACUCCAACCUCCAGAGGAGUUUCUUGGUUCUUCUGAGAGGAACAUGUCCAGCUGCUGGAGGUGGUCAUCAGUGCCUGUCACUAUGGCAACCUGGAUACCCGUUGAUGGACACCUGUGGAGGUGUCAGGUAGGAGGAGGUCUUUCGGGCUUGGUUACCUGGAGAGUUUCUGGACCAGUUCAUCCUGCAGAGCUCUUGAGUAGAUCAUUGGAGAUCCACCAUCCAGUCCAGAUGUUCUGUGGUCUUGCAGAGCUUCUGCAGGAGAACUGGAUUUUUGGCUCAUUUCAGUCAUUUUGUGUCAUUUUUCUGGUAUUGUGUCUUCUUUGCUUGUUUAAUCUGAUUCUGGUUAUUGUAGAUGUGAGUCAGUGGAAUUUGUCUCGUUUUUGGUGUUUCAUGUCACGUUUUGGUUGACUGGUCGUGUUUAGUUCAGGGUUUCUGCAGAAAUCAGCCAGCCAAAUUUAAUGCUUUUUAAAGCCAUUUUAAUGUUAUACUGUAAAAAUUUUAAUGCCAUGACCGUGAACUCAAGAAAAAUUACAUGGGCUUGUUUUUUGUAAAAGAUGAUGAUCAUUUGAAAACUGUCCAUACAUUUUACUAUUUCUGAAUCCGGAAACACUGCCUGGAACAAUUCAGAAAUGCUUUCAUUGGAUGCGUAUGAGUGGUGCUGCACAGCAGCAUUCAGACAUUAAAGCAUUCAGCACUGUGGAACAGCAACUCAGUCUGAUCCAGAUGCAUCAGAACCAUCUGGACCAGUCGGCUCAGCUGAGGACACAGCUGGUCCUGGAUCAGAGGACGCUCCAGGAUGAACCCAAACAUGUUCAGCAGCUGAAACACAGAUGGGUCAGACCACAUCAGGCCACAUUAGACCACAUCAGACCAGAUCAGGCCACAUUAGACCAUGUCAGACCACACCAGCCUCAUGAUGUUCAUGGAGUCAUGGCUGAACGAACUCACUCCAGACUCACUUUUAACUCUGGACGGAUUCCAUCUGGUCAGAGCGGACCGGAGCGUGAGGGAGAGUGGUAAGAGAAAGGGUGGGGGCCUCGCGAUGUAUGUGAAUGAGAGAUGGUGUAAUGCUGGACACAUUAGCGUUAAAGAGCAGCUCUGCACUAAGGAUGUAGAAUUACUGGCGGUCAGUCUGCGUCCGUUUUAUCUGCCCCGGGAGUAUUCACAUGUAAUAGCCAUUACUGUGUACAUCCCUCCCUCGGCUGAUGCGGCUGCAGCCUGUGAACUCAUCCACAGUGUAGUGUCCCAGCUGCAAACAUCUCACCCUCAGUCUCUUAUCAUCAUCUCAGGAGACUUUAAUCAUGCAUCGCUCUCUGCCACUCUCCCCACGUUCACCCAGUACGUGACCUGCCAUACCAGAGACAAUAAAACCCUGGAUCUGCUGUAUGCAAACAUCAAGGAUGCAUACAGCUCCUCCCUCCUCCCCCCGCUGGGCCAAUCAGAUCACAACCUGGUGAGACUGCAGCCCAUUUACAUACCUAUGGUGAAGAAACAACCCCCCACCACCAGGUAUGUGAAGAAGUGGUCUGACGAGGCCACUGAGGCGCUGCAGGACUGCUUUGAGACCACAGACUGGGAUGUGCUGUGUGGUCCACACGGGGAGGACAUUGAUGCACUGACAGACACUGUUACGGACUAUAUCAACUUCUGUGCAGAGAACAUCGUACCGACCAGGAAAGUACGGUGUUUCUCUAACAACAAACCCUGGGUGUCCCUGGAACUGAAGGCCCUGCUGAAGGAGAAGAGGAGGGUCUUUGGAUCUGGGGACAAAGAGGAGCUGAGGAGGGUGCAGAAGGAGAUAAAGAAGAAGAUCAAGGCGGACAAGGGCAGCUACAGGACCAAGAUGGAAUCUCACCUGCAGGACAAUAACACAAGGGAGGUCUGGAGAGACCUGAGAUCCAUCUCUGGUUACAGCAGAGGCCAUGAGAGGGGAGCUGCAGCAGGAGGCCAGGAGUGGAUCAAUGAGCUGAAUCUGUUCUUUAACAGAUUCGACUCUGCUCCCACUCCUCCCCCCUCUCAUCAAAGCACCGACCAGCCAGCUCCUUCUUCACACCUCAGCUCUCUACCACCAACACCACCAACAGCACCCCUCCUUCCAUCCCCGUCUUCUACCACCUCCGGACCCCACAUACAGCCCCAUCACCCCUCCUCGUCUCACCCCCCACCACCACCAUCACCCCUCCCCCUGCCACCCUCCCCCUGCCUCUCCAUAACAGCUGAUCAGGUGAGAAGUGAACUUAAAAAGAUCAAAACCAGGAAAGCUGCAGGUCCUGAUGGAAUCAGCUCCAGGCUCCUUAGAGACUGUGCAGACCAGCUCUGUCAGGUGCUGCUGCACAUCUUUAACCUGAGCCUGAGUCUGGAGAGGGUUCCUCUGUUAUGGAAGACUUCCUGCCUGGUUCCUGUCUCUAAGACCAGGAACCCCAGGGAGCCUAACCACUUCAGACCUGUGGCCCUCACUUCUCACCUGAUGAAGACCAUGGAGAGGAUCGUCCUCAGGAACCUCUGUCCCCAGGUGAGCCAGUAUCUGGAUCCACUGCAGUUCGCCUACCAACCCAACAUUGGAGUGGAUGAUGCAGUGGUCUACCUGCUGCACAGAUCACAGACUCACCUGGAGAAACCCAGCAGCACUGUGAGGGUCAUGUUCUUUGACUUCUCCAGUGCUUUCAACACCAUCCAGCCUUCUCUGCUCAGGGUGAAGCUUGAAGGAGCAGGAGUAGACUGUCACCUGGCUGCUUGGACCAUCGACUACCUCACCAACAGACCACAGUACGUGAGGCUUCAGGACUGUGUGUCUGAUGUGGUAGUCAGCAGCAUGGAGGUCCACAGGGGACAGUCUGUCCUCCUUUCUCUUCACCCUGUACACAUCGGACUUCCACUACAACUCUGGGAGCUGUCACCUCCAGAAGUUCUCCGAUGAUACAGCCAUUGUUGGGUGCGUAUCUGAAGGGGACGAGCGGGAGUACAGGAUGGUCAUCUCUGACUUUGUGGACUGGUGUGAGCGAAACCAUCUGCAGCUCAACGCCGGUAAGACGAAGGAGAUGAUCGUGGACUUCAGCAGGAGGAGGACACCCCAGACUGCACCGGUGAACAUCCAGGGUUUGGACAUUGAGAUGGUGGACACAUACAAAUACCUGGGUGUUCACCUCAAUAAUAAACUGGACUGGACACACAAUACAGAGGUUCUGUACAAGAAGGGCCAAAGUCGUCUCCACCUGCUGAGGAGACUGAGGUCCUUUGGAGUGUGCAGGACUCUGCUCAGGACAUUUUAUGACUCUGUGGUAGCGUCUGCUAUCUUCUAUGCAGUGGUCUGCUGGGGAGCAGGGAGCACUGAAAGGGACAGAAAGAGACUAAACAGAAGAUCAGGAGGAGGUUCUGUCCUGGACUGUUCCCUGGACUCCAUAGAGGAGGUGGGUGAGAGGAGGAUGUUGUCAAAGCUCACAUCCAUCAUGGACAAUCCCUCUCACCCACUGCAUGACACUGUGGGGUCUUUAAGCAGCUCCUUCAGCAGCAGACUGAGACAUCCACCCUGCAAGAAGGAACGCUAUCACAGGUCCUUCGUUCCAUCUGCUGUAAGACUUUACAACAUCAGCAUCACUGGCUGAUGUUAACAUAAACUGGACUCAUAUCAUCUUAAAUCACAGUAAAAUCUGCACAAUUCCUUGCACUGCUGGCAUUUUCUGCACUUUCACAUUUAUUCCACAAGCCACUUUUUGCUGAUGUCAUCUAUUUAUAGUUAGUAAUACUCUAUUUAUCCAUUUCUCAUCCUUCAUUCUUGUAUAUAUUGUAUAUAUUAUUGUUAUUUUAAUUAUUUAUCUUUACUGUAUAUUGCUGCUGUAACAUGCAAAAUUUUCCCUGACAUGGGGAGUAAUAAAGGAUUAUCUCACCUUAUCUUAUCAGGCCACAUCAGACCACAUCAGACCACAUCAGACCAGGUCAGACCGGGUCAGACUGGGUCAGAGUGGACCGUGUGCCUCACCAGGCUGUGGUGGGUCAGUACCUUGGUUGCGGAGUCCCGCUCGUUGCAGCUCUACAGCGUCCUGCUGAGCACCAACGCCAGCCGGGUCUCCAGGUGUGACAUCUGAACCAUGAACUGAUCCAGGUGCAGCUGGAAGCUCUGAGGGGGAGUAGCCACAGCUGAAACACAGGAAACACCUUUGACACCAGCUUACCCUCACCUGCCGGACUCACCUGGUCCUCGGUGUCAGUGGGGUCACAGCUGAGCUCAGACAGGUACCUCACCUGGACCACAAAGUCUUCAUAAACCUCCUGGACCACAUCUGUCCACAUCCUGCCUCCUACCCCGGAGAGGACCAUCUGAUCCAGCAGAGACCACUGAAGACUGACACACAGCGCCUCCUGCAGGACGGAGGAUACAGCAGUCUGAGGGGAAGCUGGUCUUAUGAGCUGCCAGGUUCUGUUCACAACCAGGUUCAGGUUCGGGUGUACCUGGAGGCUGUGCAGGUGUGUCAGGAAGGCAUCCAGGUGGAAGAAGACCAGGUGUGAGGGGAAGUCCCAGCUGAACGAGUCCUGCAGAGACACACAGCUGAGUCAGCACACCUGUCUGAUGUCACAGUGACCUCAGCACUCACCUGUACAGUGAAGUGAGUGAUGAUGUCACAGCAGACAGGUGGACAGACAGGUGAGAUGAGAGGUGGGACAGACAGCAGAACACAGUGACACUGAAUAUAAGGAAACACAAGAUGAGACAGACUCCAUCAGUAGAAUAAUCAAUAGCAUAAAAAUCAAUAUAAUCAUCAAUAUAAUAAUCAAUAUAAUCAUCAAUAUAAUAAUCAAUGUAAUGAUCAAUAUAAUAAUCAAUAUGUGAUUUCAAAGACAGUUUUUAUUGUUUGUUAAGAUGCUUUUACUCCAGCACUUACUCUACUCUACUCUGCUCGGUUUAUGAGGUUUUCCAUUAGGACAAAGUACCUGGUACCAGGUACUAAAAUACUAAGAUAGUACCUGGUACCAGGUAAACUAGUACCUGCAGGCAAAUGAUGUUAAGGGACUUCCAGGCCACUGUGCUACGACGACUCCACACAAUGAGGUGGUACUCAGUGUAAUGGAAAACGAGCAGAGCAGAGUAGAACAGAGCAGAGUAGAACAGAGCAGAGUAGAACAGAGUAGAGUAGAACAGAGUAGAGUAGAACAGAGUAGAGUAGAACAGAGUAGAGCAGAACAGAGUAGAACAGAGUAGAGCAGAACAGAGUAGAACAGAGCAGAGUAGAGCAGAGUAGAACAGAGCAGAGUAGAACAGAGCAGAGUAGAACAGAGUAGAGUAGAACAGAGUAGAACAGAGUAGAACAGAGCAGAGUACAACAGAGUAGAGUAGAGUAGAACAGAACAGAGCAGAGUAGAGCAGAGUAGAACAGAGCAGAGUAGAACAGAGCAGAGUAGAACAGAGUAGAGUAGAACAGAGUAGAGCAGAGUAGAACAGAGCAGAGUAGAGUAGAACAGAGCAGAGUAGAACACAGUAGAACAGAGUAGAGCAGAGUAGAACAGAACAGAGCAGAGUAGAACAGAGUAGAACAGAACAGAGUAGAACAGAGUAGAGCAGAACAGAGUAGAACAGAGCAGAGUAGAACAGAGUAGAACAGAGCAGAGUAGAACAGAGUAGAACAGAGCAGAGUAGAACAGAGCAGAUUAGAACAGAGUAGAGUAGAACAGAGUAGAGUAGAACUGAGUAGAACAGAGCAGAGUAGAACAGAGUAGAGUAGAACAGAGUAGAGUAGAACAGAGUAGAACAGAGUAGAACAGAGCAGAGUAGAACAGAGUAGAACAGAACAGAGCAGAGUAGAGCAGAGUAGAACAGAGCAGAGUAGAACAGAGUAGAACAGAGUAGAGUAGAACAGAGUAGAGUAGAACAGAGCAGAGUAGAACACAGUAGAACAGAGUAGAGCAGAGUAGAACAGAACAGAGCAGAGUAGAACAGAGCAGAGUAGAACAGAGUAGAGUAGAACAGAGUAGAACAGAGCAGAGUAGAACAGAGCAGAUUAGAACAGAGUAGAGUAGAACAGAGUAGAGUAGAACUGAGUAGAACAGAGUAGAGUAGAACAGAGUAGAGUAGAACAGAGUAGAGUAGAACUGAGUAGAACAGAGCAGAGUAGAACAGAGUAGAGUAGAACAGAACAGAGCAGAGUAGAACAGAACAGAACAGACCAGAGUAGAACAGAGUAGAACAGAGCAGAGUAGAACAGAGUAGAGCAGAGUAGAACAGAGCAGAGUAGAACAGAGCAGUGUAGAACAGAGCAGAAUAGAACAGUGUAGAACAGAGUAGACCAGAGUAGAACAGAGUAGAGCAGAGUAGAACAGAGCAGAGUAGAACAGAGCAGAGCAGAGCAGAGUAGAACAGAGUAGAGUAGAACAGAGUAGAGUAGAACAGAGCAGAGCAGAGCAGAGUAGAGUAGAACAGAGCAGAGUAGAACAGAGCAGAGUAGAACAGAACAGUGUAGAACAGAGUAGACCAGAGUAGAACAGAGUAGAGCAGAGUAGAACAGAGCAGAGUAGAACAGAGUAGAACAGAGUAGAACAGAGUAGAGUAGAACAUUUGCUCUCAGCUCUCGUAGGAGGCGGUCGCACUUUUCCUUGCUCCGCUAUCUCUGUUCCUCCCUACCCUCAUGUCUCCCUGCUUGCUGCAUUUUCUUCAUCUUGUCUCGUCUGUCUGACUUGGAGUGAUCGCUUGGCACUGGACCUUCAAAACACCGAUCAUGGAAUUGAUUAACUGGUCUCUCAACGCAGUUGACAAGAUUGUCGCCACAAAGAGCACAGGCCUAGGGGAGCCUACCUGCCCGGAUGGGAGUUUCGCCUCUGGUUACGUGAUCGACGCCUGGGGGAAGUGGAAGGGGAUCAUGUGCCUGGCACCCCUAUCCGUGGAGGACGUGGAAGAUGUUUAUAUAUUCGGAUUUAUGAUGACAGGCCUGCUGAUAAUUGGCUUGUUCACUGGCCUGAGCUUCUGGAAAAUCAGGAAGACCGCAGACAGAAACGACGUCCAAACACUGCUGGUCUAUGCAAACGAACGGAUCACGGCUGCCGAUUCUCGGUAUGACGAACUCAAUCGUAAGAUGAACAAUUUGCUUGGUGUGACUGUUGAUUUGAGUCGCAGAUUGGAAGCCGUCAGGGUGAGAAUCGCUACAGCUGAGGUCUAAAAUUGUUGAGAGCAGUAGGGGGAAGGUGAAAUUACUUCUCUCCCGCCCAAACAAGAGGAAAACUGAUUACAUUCUGGCGCCCCUGGAACAAUAACAAACUCCUCUGGAAGUUUCAUGGCCAAGAGAUAGCUCUUCUAAACCCCCCCCACCUUCCCAAGGACACCUGUUGACUUUUGGACCGGGUCAACCGAGGACGUCUCCAUAGCAACCUGCUGUGUUAUUGCACUCCCACCCUCGCUAACUGAGACACCGGAGGUCUGAGACGGAAGAAGAUGGGCUACACGCAUACACAAACAUUCAGACUCAUGAACUGAGGACUGAGCUAAACAUUCGCACAGACAUGUCCAUAACCCCCCUCCCCCCCGCCUCCACAAGCUUUCCUCACUAUACACAGGAGCCAGGAAUCUGUGCACCUGCACAGGAACCAACUGUGUGGUGCUCCCCCCUCCACCUCCCCACAUCCUUAUCCCAACCAUCCUUGUCUAACGUCAUGCUUUGCCUGUUUGCGGGUUUGUUUUUUUAGGUUCCUUCUCAAAUUGAAUUUCCCAACAUUGGAGGUUUCAUUUGGUACAACGAGCCUUUUUUUUUCUUCUACCCUCUGCUAUCCCUACCCAGAUCCCUACAUGUCCUUUUUCUUUUUUCCUCAAAAAAGGUGCGCGCAGCACUGCAGCAGCCAGAGCUGUCAUUAGCAGGGCAGCUCAAAUGAAAUUUCAUUGUAUAUGAAAAUGUGCAAUGACCAAUAAAGAUUGAUUGAACAGAGCAGAACAGAGUAGAACAGAGUAGAACAGAGUAGAACAGAGUAGAACAGAGUAGAACAGAGUAGAACAGAGUAGAGCAGAACAGGUUCUAGUGGAGAAGUGCCUUUAGAGUCUAAAUCAGAACAACUGAUGGCAGCUAACCAAACAAACAGCUUGGUGAAGUUUAAGUCAGUCAUGUUCAGUCUGGUUCGGUCUGGUCUGGUCCGGUUCAGUCUGGUUCGGUCCGGUUCAGUCUGGUUCAGUCCGGUUAGGUCAGCAUCCUCAGGACUGCAGCUGGUACCUGGUUGUGGGUUUGUUCCUCCAGCAGAGUCCAGUUCUCAUCAUAAACCUCUUUGAGGGUCUUCUGGGUCUGAACCACCAGGCUGAUCCCAUCCAGAACCGGACCUGGUCCUGACAUCAGAGCAUAAAGAACAUUGUGACCUCGCAGGAACUCCCUGCUCUGCAGCAGAGGAACACGUUAUUUUUGAUCAACUGCUGAUUAUUGAUCAGCUGCUGACUGUUGAUCAGCUGCUGAUAUUGGACCACUGAAAGAGAACAGAGGAGGAAACAUGAUUUCUGUGAAUUCUUCUGAACUCGUAUCAGAUAUUUUCAGAGUUCUCUGGUGCCUCUCUAACUGGACUCAUCAUUCAUGGGUUUUCUGUGGAUCAGUGAGGACCGUGUGGGUCUGUACCAGGUGUAUGAAGAUGUUGCAGAUCUCCUGCAGCAGCACACCAUCCUGCAGGGCUGACGGUAGAACUCAGACCUGAUCCACAGCAGAUGCAGCUCCUCCAUCACAGCUGCCAUGUUGUCCUUCACCUGCCAAUCAGACACAGAGUUCAGGCACAGUCUGAUGAUGUCACAGUCACACCUGUACAGGACAGGUGUGUGCACCUGGCCAGCUUCACCGCAGUGUUUCCAUAUGAUCAUGUAUGUUCCUCUGACUCCAUGAACAGUGUUGGAGCCUGACAGAAACUUUUCAAUGUGGCAGAAAUAGAAAAUGUCAGUUCUUCUUCUUCCCAUUAACUGUUGACUGUGGUCACUAGGUGGCGCUGUCAGCUACACCACUGGAACACAGAGACUGCCAGCUGAUCAGUCAUGUGACCUGCAGGUACCUGCUGAUACUCCAUCUGCUGCACAUCCUCCAGCUUCACCUGCACACGACUCAGAUCUGCUGUCACACAUUCUGCUUCCUGCACACCUGGGAGGACGUUAGAGAGGACAGACAGACAUCAGAGAGGACAGACAGGUACAGACAGGUACAGACAGACAGACAGGUACAGACAGACAUCAGAGAGGACAGACAGGUACAGACAGGUACAGACAGACAGACAGGUACAGACAGACAUCAGAGAGGACAGACAAGUACAGACAGACAGACAGACAGGUACAGACAAACAUCAGAUAGGACAGACAAGUACAGACAGACAGAUAGACAGGAACAGACAGACAUCAGAGAGGACAGACAGGUACAGACAGGUACAGACAGACAGACAGGUACAGACAGACAUCAGAGAGGACAGACAAGUACAGACAGACAGACAGGUACAGACAAACAUCAGAGAGGACAGACAAGUACAGACAGACAGAUAGACAGGUACAGACAAACAUCAGAGAGGACAGACAAGUACAGACAGACAGAUAGACAGGUACAGACAGGUGAUGUUCUGCACCUACAGCUGAGGAGCUUCUUCAAUCUAAUCUAAACUCCAAACCUCCAUCUACAGGUGGAGGACAACCAGGCCAUCAUUCUGUGUUUUACAGCAGAACGUCUGGAGGCAGGAGAGGAAUUAUUUCAUUAACCUCUGCUAUUUCGACUGUCCAGGAGAACAGAUUUAGAACAACGCUGAUGGAGCUCAGUUCCUAUAUUUGUUCUGGAAAAAUACUAAUGAUGGAAACAAAGUGAAACCUGGAGAGACGAGCAGAUUUACUGACUGAACACAGGAUCACAGAAGAAUAAGUUUGGUCCUAAACAUAGAGCAAGCCAUCAGUAAGAAUAAUGAAGUGUGUAAACCCUGCAGGAUGUCUGACAGGUUCUGGUUCCAAAAAGCUCCACAGAACCCAAAAAGACAACAGAAACUACAACUCAGGGAUGGCUUUUCUCCAGCUCAGAGGUUUAUUUUGUUAGUUUUCAUCAUUCUCAGAGAUCAGCUGGUCAAUCUGAAAAUAAUUCAAUAUUAAAUUCAUAUAAAGAGUCAAAGUUUUAGUGACAUCAUGGGGCGGGUCUAUGUGAAUGACAGUCUGAUGUGGAAUGAUUGACAGGUCCCAUGGAGGAGGCAGUGAUGACAUCAUUCACUGUAAACUGUCCUUGUUUGGAUUUAAUUCAGAUGUAAUAAUGGUUAGUCGUAUUUAUGAUAUAAUAACUGUAGUCAUAAUAACUGUUAGUUAUAUGAUUAUAUUAAUAUAAUAACUGUUAAUAUAACUGUUAUCUGAGAGGGACUAGAGUUAUCUCUUUGGCUGUGUUGGGGCCGAGCACCUGGUUUAAGAUGCAGGCAGGUAGAAUUCAUGUGUCUGCUACAGUGUGGGGCUGUUUUAAUCUGCCUGGCAGCUAGCUUUCAGAGCUCUCACUCAGCUUUGUGGUUUUUCUAACUCACAUGGCCUGUCCUUCAGUGUGCUCACGCAGACAAACUAAACUGUCCAGGUUCUUGAUUUGGAGUGUUGAGCAUUUGGUUUGGUGUUUGAACUUGUUGGGACCAUGGCACUGUUGGACAGCUUGUCCCCACACCAAGUGUCCCGCUGAAUCCAAAUGAAGGAUAACUUUGCUGUAUUGCCUCAAGCUCACCAUUUUUCUUUCUUUUAUUGAACACCACUCAUUCUAAGGCCUUCAUCUGGGUCAGACAUGUGUCCAGAGCCCAUGGUGGAGUUUAUAUUUUCCCUUUUCAAAUAUUUAUCCAUGGCUGUCACCACUACCUCACUAGCCUGGUUCUGUUGUCUAACAGGUGAUCGGCUACCUGCUGCCCCCGACAUGUUUUCACUACUCUGCCAGUCACUGCAUUGCAGCCACGGGGACACAACAAAGAGAAAUUAUUUAUUUUUACUAAAUAAUGGUCUUUCUGUGUAGCGUCUCCAUGUUCUUCCUGCUGGGUUCUCCAGCUUCCUCCCACAGUCCAAAGACCUGCUGAGGUUACCUGGUGGUGCCAAACUGUCUGUAGGUUGAUAGGCUGUUACCUGUCCAGGUGAACCUGUGAUAAACUGUUACCUGUCCAGGUGAACCAUCACCUGCAGUCAGCUGGGAUAGACUCCGCCCCUGGAUACUCUAGAGAGGAUAAAGUGGUUUAGAGAUGAUGGAUGUUGAAAUGUUAAUGUUUAGUUUCUUGUUCCUUCUUCUUCAAAAUGUUGUUUAACAUGUUUAAUUAAAAAGUGUUUUCUGUUUCUGCUCCAAAGGUUCAGUCUGAGUGUCUGUAAAGAGGCUGAAUGAGAAUAUUAACCCCAGAGAAGUCGGAUUAAAUGUUACAGUGGACUGAAGGUGGCGCUGAUUGUGUCCAGAAGACCCAUCAGAAGAAGAAAAGAAGAGCAGCUGAUUGGCUAGCCGAAGAAGAAGCAGCAGCUGAUUGGUUGAUCACUGUAUAAGACAUGAUAGCGGCAGCCGCUGGUUUCAGGAUGAACCGACAGAAGGCAACAGGUCGCUGAUUAAACUCCUGAUUCCUCAGAUGAAUUUAUUAACUGACGGAUCCUGAUGCACCGAUGACCAGGAAAGGAGCCGCAGCGGCCGCCCCGGAGCCAACAUGCUAACAGCGCCCCCCCCGAGCUAACACGCUAACAGCGGCCCCCGGAGCCAGCACACUAACAGCAGCCCCCCUGGAGCCAACAUGCUAACAGCGAACCUGGGGGCUAACACGCUGACAGCGGCCCCUCAUAGCCAACAUGCUAACAGCGGCCUCUGGCGCGAACAGUGCCCCCUCCGGAGCUAGCAUUGCUAACAGCGGCCCCCCGGAGCUAGCAUUGCUAACAGCGGCCCCCCCGAGCUAGCAUGCUAACAGCGGCCCCCCGGAACUAGCAUGCUAACAACGGCCCCCCGGAGCUAGCAUGCUAACAUGCUAACAGCUACAUCCAGGACCAGCGGAGGGUCACCGCAGUGAACCCGAGCAGCAGAACGCUGGAGUCUGACCACGUGACCGCAGAAUCUCCACCAGCUGACUGCUCUCCGAUUGGACAGAAUCUCCACCUGCUGACUGCUCUGCUCUCUGAUUGACUCUGUGAUGAAGCUGUGAUGUCAUGGUGGUAAACAGCUGCUUCUUCUGUGGUUGGAGUCACCUGAGAGGAAACAUGGAGACAGAAAAACAUCUACCGGAUGAGGAGAUGGUUUCUAGAAAUGUCUUCCAGAACCUCCUGCUGGUUUCUCCUGGAGCUCCUACCAUCACUAAGACCUGGAUGACUAAGUACCUCCACAGAAGAAUGAGGAGACAAAAUGAGCUCAGAGUUUAAAUAAAUAAAUUCAACCUUCAUGUUCUGGUUUCCAUCAUUCUGACUGACAGAAGUUCUCUCCUCCUUCAUUCUGGUUCCACGGAGCUGCAGCUGGAGUCCACAGGGUUAAAUCCUCUUCUUAGAUUUCUGAUUUUAUGUUUAGUGCUCUUCACAGAUUCAUUUAUUUAAUAAAGAACUGAGGUUUCUGA